UGACACAAAUAGAAAUGGAUCUUAAGAGCAUCGCUACGUGACCUAUGUCAUUCCGAUUCGUUCUGAUUUCAAUGAGACGCGUGAUAGAUACGUGCCUCUUCCGAUUUUAUCUCGUGCAGUAGAUGGUGAUUGUCCCAAACAGUUUCUUGCGUCGAAGGCGGUAAGUAAGAUCGAGAAACGAAAUCUGCAAACGCGACGACAACUGGUGAAAGCGCGACGGAGUGUUGACGACAUGCAGCUAUGACGUUUUUGAAAUUCACGUGAACGGAAUACAUUACUGUCACACAAUACGAUGACGUAUAGAUGUCAAGAGCAUACAAAGUACUUAUUUUUUUUUUAAGCUGUUAUCAUGGGAUCUCGAUUGAGAGAAAAUGUCAGACAACUCUUUGAGUGCUUCUGCGAGGUAGCUGCACCAGUGGGAGAAAAGGCAGCUUGGAUACUUCAAAAAUAUCCCAAUUCCUUUUCCGAUGAAGAGAUACUUAAAUCAGUUCCAAAAUUUGCAUAUCCUUGUGAAUUUGAAAAUUUGUUGGUGCAACACUUUUCAUUUGUGCUCACUAGCAUAGAUUCAAAAUGGACCUUUGGAUUUUGCCGUCACGAUCCCAAGACAAAAACAGCUUUAGUGGUUUUGAGCGCGCUUCCAUGGCAUGAAAUAUUUUACAAGUUGUUGGAUCACAUUGCAUCCUUGACCAGCAAUGCCAGUGGAGAAGAUCUGUGGCAGUUUCUUGAAAAUAUAUACACUUGUGGAGUUCCUAUUCCUGGAAAUUCCAUAUCUAUUCCGUUACCAAAUUCUUCUACAGUGAGUUUUAUUUGUCAAAGCCCAAAGCAAUUUCAGUUGCCUGGUAUCCCAGAAAAUAGGAAUCUGACUGAAUAUUAUAACGCUAUUGACUCACACCAUAUGAUGAUAAUAUUUGCGUCUAUGUUAUAUGAACGUCGUAUUAUUUUCAUUUCGAAACGUCUGUCGAGACUAAGUGCGUGCGUGCAAGCAUGCAAUGCCUUAAUUUAUCCAAUGAUUUGGCAACACAUAUAUAUCCCUGUUCUGCCUUUAUCAUUAAUAGAUUAUUUAUUAGCACCUAUGCCAUUUUUGAUUGGGGUGCCUACAGCAACGCUUCAGAAAGUACCCAAGAGUGAUUUAGGAGAGGUUGUUAUUUUAGAUGCUGAUAAUAGUACGAUUGAAUCACCAUUCAAAGAUCUGGAGUCUUUGCCUCAAGAUGUAGUGAUAAAUUUGAAAAAAGCAUUACGUAAUAAGCCAGCUCUUCUCGGAGAUGGCGUGUCGAGAGCAUUCUUGCGUGCAUUAGUACAGUUAACUGCUGGCUACAGAGAAGCGCUAACUUUACAGCAGGGUGAACGUAUUACAUUCAAUCAAAAUGCCUUUGUUGAAAGUAGGCCAUCUUCUAUGCAACCCUUUCUACGAAAAAUGUUGGAAUUACAAAUUUUCCAACAAUUUAUAGAAGAAAGAUUGAACAUGCUCAAUUCAGGACUUGGUUUCUCGGAUGAGUUUGAAAUGGAAGCAUGCAGUUAUUCGGCCAAAUCAAGCAGCAAAUUCAUGCAGCAGUACAGAGAAUGGACUUACACUAUGCGAAAAGAAAGCUCUGCAUUUUUUCGUAGCGUAAAAGAUAAAGCAAAUCCAGCAGUAAAAUAUGCUGUCAAAUCAGUGAAAGACAAAGGCAAAGAUAUGAAAACGGCAUACAAAGGACUGAAAUGGAAAGGACGCUCUAAUAGAAGUGACACGAGUAUGAGAUUUCAUCAGCCACGAUCAGCACCUAGUUCACCCACAUCAGACAGAAGAACUGUAGGAUUUACAUCUCCACCAAAAUCUCCAAACGGGGUGUCAGCGACAACCAGUUAUCGAAAAGAAUUGCGUCUGCGAAACAGCAAUUUUACUGACACAAGUAGGAAACAAUACUCACCUUUAAGCCCCAGUUCUCCCGAAGAAUCGGAUUCUCCACCAGAGCGUAUAAAUAUAGAUCUCAUGCACGAACUUCGGGAUGUGAUAUUUCCAAAUACACCACCUGUGGAUAGGACGUUGAAACCAGUACGCAGUUUAGACAGCUUGAGACCUGCAUGGAGUGGGCAUUUACGGCACGGCCCUCCACCUAGUACUGUCAUUACAAAUCCACGCGAAGUUUCCUCGGCAAAGCCAAUUUUGUCCUCCUCCUUUCAUCCCCUUCCUGUAAAUAAUUCAUUUAAUCAAUCAAAAGUGUCUACUUUUAAUUCAGUAACUGCAAAUGGAAUUGUAAAAGAAGUAGAUAAAACGUCAUUCUUACUUACACCACCCACGUCACACAAUCAAAGUAUCGAGCCAAAUCAAUUUUUACGCGAAUUACAUGUACAUAACGAUUUAACGAAACCUGUUAUUAAUUCAUCAUCGUGCAAUCAUGAAAAUGAGAAUGUUAAAUCUAAAGAGAACCUUUCUUCGUACAACAAAAAGUUUAAUUCUAACAAUAUCUUUGCACAUACCGAUUCAACACUGAGUACACAGGAGCCAUUUGAUAGACCAUUUAAAACGUCAAACUUUCUUAACGAAGUGAACGAAGACGAUCCUUUCGAUACAAGCAAGGUGUUCAUGCCUACCUAUUUGCAAACUGCACCACUUUUCAAAUCUACGAUUCCCACGGUGCCUGUUCAAUUUCAUCAUCCAUUACUACAUCCAUUCAAUACUACAUCCUGCUCUGCACAUGCUAAGGACUCUCCCGAUGUUCCAGAUUUAAUACGCUUAGAUUCGACGAAUAGCAGUGACGAUUUUGAUCCACUUCUAUCUAAAUCUUCCGAAAUUUCCAACAUAAAGCAAAUGAGCCAAUCGUUACAUUUACCUGAAAUGGGCGAAGGCCUCAGUAAUCCGUUAUACCCUUAUUUCCAACAACCGUUGCACAAAACUAAUGAAAAGCCGAAGACUUCCGAUAACAUGGGUGACAUGGAUUUGUUACAGGCGUACGGUAUAGAUUUUAAUAAAUUUAGCUUAGCUAACGGUGAUAGCUCAACUACACAGAAUAGUGCUGCGCGUAACAGAAGUGUACCGGAUAACAGUAUUAGUAACGAUACGAUGGAUGCAUUCAGUUUAACACUGAAUGCACCUACCAUUAAAUCACAAAAUAAUUGGACGAAGUUUGAGUAAAUAUUUAGUAUACAUAUCACAAUUGUAAAUAAUAUCAUUAGUAUUAGUCAUUUUUGUUAUAUAUUUAAAAAUAUAUCCACCAUGAAAUAUUCGCAUUAACACAUUCCCUUACAAGAUCAUCUUGGGAAUCAGCCAAUAAUUGUCUUACUAUGCACAUAGUCAUGCGCCAAAACGCCCCUUCGCGUCGUAAACAGAGUACUUUUAUAUUUCUUCCGAAUAUUUUUUUUGUAUUCUAAAGGCCAAUAAUAUUUGCUACACACAUAAUACAUUUCUCUUAUUUUCCAUCGAACAGUUUUCCAGCGUGUCAUUCAUUAUCAAAACAAUUCGCGUGAUCCAAGAAUAUUAUUGCGUAAAUUCAAUUUAUAAACAGUAGCGAAAGGAUAAGAUUCCGGGAAAUCAAUUUUGACAAUUAAAACAUCUCGAUAUAAUAUAUUUUAAUGUCGGAUGAUAUAUAUAAUUAAGCCGGCAAAAACACACUGUAAUUACAAAAAAAUAACAGUACUGUAUUGCGUAAUACUGUUACAUUCUCUUACAAACUUUGAGGUAAAUUAUUAUUAUAAUUUUGCAUCAUCAUCUUCUUUACUUUCCUCGAAAUUUUCACUAAAUGCUCAAUUACGUGAGAGUACUGUUUUAUAAAUAUUCGUAGAUAUUAAAUAUCUAUUUAAAAAAAAUAAGUAUAUGUAUAUAUAUGUCGCAUACGCAAGAAAAGUAAACACAAGUUGAAAUUUUUCGAAUUUCGUUUUAUGUGCGGAUUGUGUUCUAAAUACAUCGAUCUUCAGAAAAAAUGAUAGAAGUUGAAUUCAAUACUUUCCGCGUGAGUCCGCAAUGUUUAAACUGUCGUAAAUAAUUAAUUUUAAAAUUAUUGUUUAACCAAGAAUAGACAUGUGAAAUUAUUUUGUUUAAAAUCAAGCU